AUGAGGCGUAUAGAAAAUGCAACAAGUAGGCAAGUGAGCUUCUUCAAGAGGAGAAAUGGGCUUCUCAAGAAAGCUUGUGAACUUUCAGUCCUCUGUGAUGCUGAGGUUGCGGUUAUAAUCUUCUCUACCACGGGCAAACUCUAUGAAUUUUCCAGUACAAGCAUGAAGGAGACAAUAGAACGUUAUAGAAGGCAUCCAAGAGAUAUUCAGGCUAAGAACCCUCCAGUGGAACAGAAUAUGCAGCAUUUACAGCACGAAAUGGCAAGUCUGAUGGAAAACAUACAACGUCUCGAAUCUUCGAACAGGAAACUCUUGGGGGAAGGUCUGGAAUCAUGCACCCAUGAAGAACUACUAGAGCUAGACCAACAGCUGGAGCGUAGCAUCAGCAGCAUUCGAACAAGAAAGAUUCAAGUUUUCAGGCAACAAACAGAGCAAUUGAAAGAAAGGGGAACAACUUUAACAGCAGAAAAUGCAUUGCUGCGGGAUAAGCUUUCACUCCAGCAAGAACGAGGAUCAAACGAGGAAAGAGCAAUCGAGCCUUCUGCGGAUACUACUGAAGUUUCAGAUGUGGAAACGAACUUGUUCAUUGGACCUCCAGAAACCAGUCAGAAGCGUGCCCUACAGAAGUCAUAUAUAGGUGAAUAA